AACAUAAAUACACAGAUUGAGCUUCAAUUCGAUCUGUGAAUAUAAGAUCGAAUUGAUUGAUCAAUUCAUUAGCUAGGCAAUAUAAUGGCUUUCACAAAGCCUGCUGCUCUUACAGCAACAAUUGUUGCUUUGCUUUGCAUCUUCUGCUCAUGCAUUAAUGCUCAGAAAUUGAGCCUUGAUUUCUACAAGAAGACAUGCCCCAAAGCUGAGGCCAUCGUCAAACACGAAACCGCCCGUAUUAUCGCCGUCGCUCCGACUCUCGCCGCCGCGCUGCUCAGGCUUCACUUCCACGACUGUUUUGUUAGGGGGUGUGAUGGUUCAGUGCUGCUGAAUUCAACAAGAAACAAUUCAGCUGAGAAGGACUCAAUCCCCAACCAAUCCUUGAGGGGGUUCGGAUCCAUCGAUAGAGUCAAAACCGCCCUCGAAAAGGAGUGCCCCGGCGUUGUUUCUUGCGCCGAUAUAUUAGCAUUGGUUGCCCGCGACUCCGUUCAACUAUUGUACGGACCAUCCUAUCCGGUGCCAUUGGGGCGGAGAGACGGAAGAGUGUCGCGUAACAACGAGGCCUUGGCGAAUCUUCCGCCUCCAUUCUUCAAUAUCACUCAGCUUAAGGCAUCAUUUGCCUCCAAGGGAUUAACCCCCAAGGACCUAGUGGUUCUCUCAGGAAGUCAUACCAUAGGAACAUCUCACUGCUCCAGCUUCUCGAACCGACUCUACAACUUCAGCGGGCGGGGCGACAGCGACCCGGCACUGGACUCCAACUAUGCGGCUCGUCUCAGGAGCAGGUGCCGGCCUAACGACCAGACAACCUUGGUGGAGAUGGAUCCCGGUAGCUUCAAAACAUUCGAUGAAAAUUACUACACGCUAGUUGCCAAAAGAAGAGGCUUGUUCACGUCGGAUUCGGCACUUCUGAGCGACAGCGAGACGAGGGCUUACGUGUUGAGACAUGCCGGCGAGCAGGACUUGGGUGGAUUCAUCAAGGACUUCGGGAAGUCGAUGGUGAAAAUGGGACAGAUUGGAAUCCUGACAGGGAAGCAGGGCGAAAUCAGGAAACGAUGUGCAUUCGUUAAUUGAUCAUGCAAUGCAAGCCAAGGGGGAUUAAGCUAAGCUUUCUUAAUGUCAUUAUUUAUUUUGACUACUGAUAUUAUAUGAUUCACUACUGCUUGGUUUCUUUUUUGUGCUUUUCUAUAUAUAUAUAUAUAUGCAUUGCCUGUAAGAAUGCAUGCGUGAUGAACAAGUUUUUAUUAUUUUAUGCAUCCAUCCAUCGAUUUGGUUAACUUUGAUA